CUCAACCAGUUCGGCCACAUUGAGCCGGGAAGACGACACUCAAGUGGGCGUGGUGGCAAAGGCAAAUCACCUCCGUCGCCUACCCUGAUUCCUCACUUUGUCAUCAGGCGUCGAAAAGAACGACUCGGACUCUGUGGACGGAGGAGACGACCCUUUGAAAAUAAGGAUGUCCUUAUACAGUAGUCUCCUGUCCAGCGAGCAGUUCCAGUGUUCCAUCUGCUUGGACAUCUUCACUAACCCGUCGUCCACACCUUGCGGCCACAGCUUUUGCGUCACGUGCAUCAACCAGUACUGGGAUGGAGCCAAGGUCUGUCAGUGCCCUCUGUGCAAAAAGACCUUCCAGAAGCGUCCGGAUCUCCAGAUCAACCGAACCCUGCGCGAGAUCACCGAGCAGUUCAGGUCCAUGUCUGGGGGCGGGACAGGUGGAGGAACCACGGCCAGGGAGAAAAAUCGAGUAAAAGGUCGAGAAUGCGCAAUGCCCAAUGCUUUGUUGGACGAACUGACUAAGAAGCUGCCGCGACCUCACGGCAGCGUGACAGUGGCUACCGAGGAGCAAGGUGGUAAACCCAUCCCCGGAGCCUCCUUGGUCACAGCCUUCGUAGCCUCGUCAGUCCCCGACCAAAGUCCGAUCUAUGAAGUGAUCGACAGCAGUCCUCAAGCUCCCGCCGGCUCGACCGAGCCAUUCGGCCGACGAAGGUUCACCGUGAGUGGGGCGGCGAGCAGCCACAACCUUCCUGUCUGCGACAUUCACCGCAGAGGGAUCAUGAUUUUUUGCCGGACGGACGGGGAAUGCAUUUGUCCCAACUGUGUGACCGAGACGCAUUUCGAUCACGACACAGUGACGCUGGAAGCCGCGUGGAUAGAAAAGCAGGCUCAGCUCAAAGAAUCGGAGCAGCAGACCCAGAACUUGAUCCAAGAAAGACUCAUGAAGAUUGAAGAAAUCCGAACAGCACGGUCAAACCUGGAGCUGGGGGUGGAUCGGGCAACGGCCGACAGCGUGUGCGUGUUUUCGGCGAUGACGGCGGCCAUCGAGCGAGCUCAGGCUGACCUCAUCCAGGCCAUGGAGGCCAACCGUCGGGCGGCAGAGAACCAGGCGGAUGCCAUAAUAAAGCAACUGGAGCUGGAGGUACAAGAACUGCGGCAGAGGGAGAGCACUCUCAAACAACUCUACGCCUCGGAUGACCACAUAGACGGAAUCAAGAACUUUGCCACCGUCUCUACUCCUCCACCCAGUACUGAUUGGUCAGGCGUAUCCAUCACCUCUGAUCUGGGGAUCAGCGCCAUCUACAGGUCGCUUGCAAGUGAAGUGGAGAAGUUCCAGGAGCAGUUACGGGGCAUCGCAGAGACAGGUUUCACGGCCUCUUCACUGGAAACCAGUCUGGCACGUGCACAGCCUAGGGUAAAGAAGGUACAAGAGUAUGCAGUUGACAUCACUCUGGACUGCAACACGGCCCAUCCCAGACUUAUUCUCUCCGACGACAUGAAAAGCGUGCGGUGCGGCGACCGACACCAGCUCCUUCCAGAUAACGCGGAAAGGUUUGACCGGGUCACGUGCGUUCUGGGAAGGGAGGCCAUCUCCUCGGGGCGACACUACUGGGAGGUCCAAGUGGGCGGGAAGACCGACUGGGAUCUGGGCGUGGCCAAACAAUCCAUCAAUAGGAAGGGCAAGAUUGAGGUGACGCCAAGUAACGGAUACUGGUUUCUCAGUUUGAGAGACAAGAACAAAUACGCCUGUCGGACCGAGCCCUCCACCGACGUCCACCUCAACCUCCAGCCCAACAAAAUAGGAAUUUUGGUCGAUUUUGAAGGGGGACAGGUUUCUUUUUACAACGUAGAAGCCAAACUCCACAUCUACACGUUCAACGACACCUUCACCGAGUGCGUCUUGCCGUUCUUCAGCCCGUGCACCAACAGAUCCGGAAAGAACGACGGCCCGCUCGUCAUCACGCCGGUCGACGCGUCGAAAUGAGGCGACCCGGGACGAAUUCAGUCGACGUCGCGCUUGAUUUGCAUUGAUUUUUAUUCCGCCGUUUUCUUGCUGAAUCUCUUAAAAUCGAUUAAAACUAGGAGUGGGAACCUCUCGUUACCUCACGAUGAUACAAAAGCUCACGAUAAUGAUGAUCUGACGAUAUGGCGAUACAACGAUUAUCGAUACAUUGGUCAGGAAAUCAUUCUAGGAUAUUCUACAAAUAACUAAUAAACAGAAAAACAAGCUUCUGCUAUGAAUUGGAAUGAGUUUAUCACUAGUAGACGUCCAAUCGGUUUGAACUGGGAGGGUGGCAGUGAAUUUCAUUCAUUCGCUGCCACCCUCCCAGUUGAACGCCUAUGGCUGUCAGUGGCAGUCAAUGCCAGGCAAUUAGGUAAUUUUGGGCCAUUCAAAGUCUCACUGGAACAGCACCAAACUAAAGUUCCAGCAUCAUCACCUUAUUUGAUGCAGAUUCUUGACUCUUGACAAGGUGUUGCCACAUGGCAAAAAUUGUUUGCCACAUGGCAAAAAAAAUUUUGUCACAUGGCACCCUCCCACUUCAAACGAAUUGAACGUCUAUGGCCGUCAGUGACAGCCAAUGCCAGGCAAUGAGGUAAAUUUGGGCCAUUAAAAGUCUCACUGGAACAACUCCAAACAAAAGUUCCAGCAUCAUCACCUUGUUUAAUGCAGAUUCUUGACUCUUGACAAGGUGAUGCCACAUGGCAAAAAUUGUUUGCCACAUGGUUAAAAAAAAAAAUGCCACAUGGCAAAAAAUUUUUGCCACAUGGCGAAAAAAUUUUGCCACAUGGUGAGAAAAUUUUGCCACAUGGCACCCUCCCACUUCAAACGAAUUGAACGUCUAUGGCCGUCAGUGGCAGCCAAUGCCAGGCAAUGAGGUAAAUUUGGGCCAUUUAAAGUCUCACUGGAACAACACCAAACAAAAGUUCCAGCAUCAUCACCUUGUUUAAUGCAGAUUCUUGACAAGGUGAUGCCACAUGGCAAAAAAAAAAAAAAAAAAUGCCACAUGGCAAAAAAAAAUUGCCACAUGGCGAAAAAAUUUUGCCACAUGGCACCCUCCCACUUCAAACGAAUUGAACGUCUAUGGCCGUCAGUGGCAGCCAAUGCCAGGCAAUGAGGUAAAUUUGGGCCGUUUAAAGUCUCACUGGAACAACACCAAACAAAAGUUCCAGCAUCAUCACCUUGUUUAAUGCAGAUUCUUGACUCUUGACAAGGUGAUGCCACAUGGUAGAAAUUGUUUGCCACAUGGCAAAAAAAAUUUGCCACAUGGCGAAAAAUUUUUGCCACAUGGCACCCUCCCACUUCAAACGAAUUGAACGUCUAUGGCCGUCAGUGGCAGCCAAUGCCAGGCAAUGAGGUAAAUUUGGGCCAUUUGAGGUCAUUUACCUGUUGAUUUUUUGUUACUUCCUGUUAAUUUUGGGGUAUUUUAUGGGUCACUUUGUUUAUUUUGAGUUAUAGAACAAGAAGUGACCUGGGAAUCACCCUAAUGAAUAGGCAGUGACUAAAAUUCAACAGGAAAUGACCUGUAAAUUAAAAGCAAGUGACCUAUAAAUGCCCCGAAAAUCGGACAGAAUGACUGCGAAUGCUCUGGUGUCGAAUGAACGAACGUUCCUAGUCGAAAUGGAUUGGAGACGAGCACCGUCAAUGGCAGUUUUAGAGUUAACUGAAACACUAUUAUGGUGGAAGAUUUUGAUAGCAACUUGUUGGUUCCUUCUUUUUUUUAAACGAUAUCUCGAUUCUUGGCAGGAGCAUAUCGAUAACCUUUUGGGAUACAAUGUAUCACGAUAUAUCACCAUUUCGAUAUUUUGUCCCACCCCUAAUUAAAACGGUAUCAUAUUUCAGUUGUUCAUGCUAGCUUUCAAAUGAAAGUACAACUUGUAUUUAAAAAAUUACUUUAUUGGAUUUUUCUUUUUUGAUUGAUACCUCUUAAUCAAGGGUUUUUGUUGAAUCAAGUGACUUCAAACAGUUCGCUAACUAGCAUUAGCGUACAACAAGUGGCGAGCCACCUCAAUCCUUCUGUGUGAUGACUCACUUGAACUGGACACGCCCGGCAGCAGUUGCUUUAAAAUUUGAAUACCUCAAUUAGCAGUAAAUGAAGUAAACAUGAUUACAAAGCAGCCAAAAAAAGUGCAAAUAGGAAAGCUUUGAUUCGAUUCCCGAUUACAAUCCGUAUGGUCCUCUUUCCGCUCUCAAUUGAUGCGGUCCUGUCUCAUUUGAGACUUGGCCUUCGCCUUCUGCAACAGAAUGUGCUCGGCGAACUCGCGGACGACGUUGUUUCCGCCCGCGCGGUGGCAGGUGUACUUGCACGCGUUGACGGCCACCACCGGCGCGUCGGCGGGUACGGCGCUCAAGCCGGCUAGGUUUAGGCAGUCCACAUCGGGCACGUCGUUUCCUGAGACACAGACACGGGUCUCAAAUGGCGGCUCAUCAGAUGUUUCCAAAAUGGCUUACCCAAAUAUGCCACGUCCUUCCAAACCAACUUCCUGGUUCUCAACACAGACUCCAAUUCGUCAGCCGGCUUAGCUCCCACCCGCAUAACCUGGCAGCCCGUCCGCUUGGCCAGUCUGUCGGCCAACGUGUCUCCUACUGGGUCCUCGGCAGUGGUCAACAGCAUCACCUGCGGACCGGCAUGUACAUCCAGAGGCAUAGAAAGAGUUCCCGGGCCCCAUGUUGCCUGGGGCCCGUCUGAGUCACGUGACACACAUACUCGCGCAGUAUAAUGAACACAAAGGUGGGGGGGCGCGAGUGCACGUGCGGUCAUCUUGGCCAUAAAAGUGGCGAAAACUAAGCACUUUACACUGACUCAUAUGGAUGCAGAAUACGCAGCACAAUAACAGGACUGGUUGCUAUGGGAACGUACGCAUACCCAAGGAACCGUGCUAAAGGGAGUAUUAAAAUUGCUACUAAAAUCGUUUAGGAUUAUUUUUAGAUGCAUGAAAACACUCAGGUGACUUGAAGUUCCGCUCUGAGACCCCCAAUUUAGGCAACCUUCAAAAUUGUUCGAUAUGCACGUGUGAUAUAUCAUUGGAAAGCUUAAAAUCUCAAUUUUCUAGGGGAAGAAAAUUUUUGAACUGGAGGGAAUUUUUUUUUUAAACGGCAAAACCCUAUCUGGAGGUGAGAGCACGCGUGAACAGAAUUACAGACGCCAUGGCUUUUACGAGAUAUUAUCGCGUACUUACCAUGUUUCGAUCCAAAAACUCCAUGUAGCAUGUAUCACUGAGUGUCAAGACAUAGCUGUGAAUGGCCACAGCUGGAUUUUAUGGGUGAAACACGGUAAUAUAACAAGGGUCACAAUGCAGAAAUCGCAGACAUCAACAAGUGGUCGAGAUGUUCAUUUUCAUCUGUUUACCCUUUUAAACGUUUUUUGUUUGUUUGGAUCGAUUAUCAUCUAAUAUAUCGGAGAAAAUGCGACAGUAACAAAAAACAAAACAAAAAAAAUACAAUUAAGCGAUAGUUAUGAGGUAGAUAUCCGUGACUUUUUUACAGACGCCAUUUUUUUCAUUGUGACACAAUUUGUUUAAAAGUCUAAAAUAUGUGAGUGAAUCAUUUUCUAAAGUCGCUUUUUCAAAAAACAAGAUAUUAGACAUCAAUUAAUGAUUCUAAGCUAAAAACGACAUUUUGAAUAAUAAAUAUAAUUAAUUAGCUUUGUUUUAUGGCUGGGUUGAAACAAAAGCGGUUGCGCGACAUCUGUAAACGGGGGUUUUCAGAGUAAAACGGACAAAUUGAAAACAGUUUGGGGGCUUAAUGCGCCAUGAAUCUGCUAUGGCAGCAUAUAGACAUAUUGUUCUAUCAAACAACAGUUGUUUUGGCUUUGGCUGCAGCUUCUUUUAAAGAGGAGUGCAAGAGCAGAAACUGCUUUUUCAGUCUUGUCUGUGUUUUCCGCCAUAUAUGUUAUAUUUUUCCUUAUAGCGUAUUCGACGAGGAAUACGAUCGACCCAUCAAUAGCCUUUUUUGGAAAAAAUCACCAUUUCUUUAUGUAGUCACAUGAAUAAUGAGGUAGCCUGUGAAAAUCGACGUAAAACAACUCGCCAAGGACUUUCCAGAGAGUAGUUGGUGAGUCACUCUUUAAAUAAUCAUGUGGUAUUAAUAGCUGACUGGACUUUCUUAAACAUGUAUAAUAGGGCUGCAGCUAUCGAUUAUUUUAGUAGUCGAUUAAUCGAUGAACUAGUUUGUCGAAUAAUCGAGUAAUCGGAUAAGGAACAUGAAAAAUUAAAAUACCUGAGCUGAGCCUCAAAUGGUAUUUGAAAAAAAAAUAAGGAUCUAUGUUCAACAAAAGAACAAUUGGCUAACUUACAUAGCAAAAGUCAGUGAGCUUAAAUGCUGUAAUUAUUUUUUUAAGGCACAUAUUCCCACAAAAAACGGCUAAAUAUACUCAUAAACUAAAUUAUAUAUGCAUUAAAAAAACAUUAGCUCAAACAAAAAUUUAGCUUAUGUUGGUCUUAACAUGGAGCAGCUGGAUUCCCCCAUGUGAAAUGAGGCAGACUACAGGGCAGUGUAUCCACUUAAAUCAACGAAACUGAAUGCAAAUACUUUCAAAAUAAACCAUUACAAUGCCAAAUUAAUCAAACGAAUACUCGAAUCAGCAAAAUUUAAUUCGAAUCUUUUUUUCUAAUCGAAUACUCGAGUUAAUCGAUUAAUCGUUGCAGCACUAAUGUAUAAUCUACGUGACAUGGUUAGUGCUGAUUGGGAUUGAUAACGGAAUCGUUAGAUAAUCUGCCAAAUGAUUCCAUUAUAUUUUAAACACUCCCUAUAAAGCUGCGUGUGCUAAAUCUGUUGGCCCUCUGGGGGCCCCUGCUGGCUGGGGGCCAUAGGCAAUUGCCUGGUUUGCCUAAUGGGACGCAACGCUUCUGUGUACAUCCAUCGAAAAUAUUCAGGCGGCGACUUGGCAAGGGUCCACGAACCUCUACGUCAUCUUUCUGCAGCAUGCGAAUGGCGCCGAUGUCUUGGAUGCUGAUGGACAUCAUUUCCUCUCCGGCCGCAGACAGGUAGAUCUUUCCAUCCGUUAAACAUCCCAACACCUUGCAGAACAUCAAGCGGACCACCUCCGGGGUCACCCGACCAAAGUAGCCGUACCUGCGAGAAGGCGCGCGUAUAGCAUGAGACGGUCACUCUGGAUGAUAGCAAUGUACAGUGGGGCAAAUAAGUAUUUAGUCAACCACUAAUUGUGCAAGUUCUCCCAUUUGAAAAUAUUAGAGAGGCCUGUAAUUGUCAACAUGGGUAAACCUCAACCAUGAGAGACAGAAUGUGGGGGAAAAAAAACAGAAAAUCACAUUGUUUGAUUUUUAAAGAAUUUAUUUGCAAAUCAUGGUGGAAAACAAGUAUUUGGUCAAUACCAAAAGUUCAUCUCAAUACUUUGUUAUGUACCCUUUGUUGGCAAUAACAGAGGUCAAACGUUUCCUGUAACUCUUCACAAGCUUUUCACACACUGUUGCUGGUAUUUUGGCCCAUUCCUUCAUGCAGAUCUCCUCUAGAGCAGUGAUGUUUUGGGGCUGUCGUUGGGCAACACAGACUUUCAACUCCAUCCACAGAUUUUCUAUGGGGUUGAGAUCUGGAGACUGGCUAGGCUACUCCAAGACCUUGAAAUGCUUCUUACGAAGCCACUCGUUUGUGGCCCUCGCUGUGUGUUUGGGAUCAUUGUCAUGCUGAAAGACCCAGCCAUGUCUCAUCUUCAAUGCCCCUGCUGAUGGAAGGAGAUUUUCACUCAAAAUCUCUCGAUACAAAGGCCCAUUCAUUCUUUCCUUUACACAGAUCAGUCGUCCUGGUCCCUUUGCAGAAAAACGGCCCCAAAGCAUGAUGUUUUCACCCCCAUGCUUCACAGUGGGUAUGUUGUUCUUCAGAUGCAAUUCAGUAUUCUUUCUCCACCAAAAAGUUCUAUUUUGGUUUCAUCUGACCAUAACGCGUUCUCCAAAUGCUCUCUAGCGAACUGCAGACGGGCCUGGACGUGUACUUUCUUCAGCAGGGGGAAACGUCUGGCAGUGCAGGAUUUGAGUCCCUGGCGGCGCAUUGUGUUACUGAUAGUAGCCUUUGUUACUGUGGUCCCAGCUCUCUGUAGGGCAUUCACUAGGUCCCCCCCGUGUGGGUCUGGGAUUUUUGCUCACCGUUCUUAUCAUUUUGACGCCACGGGGUGAGAUCUUGCAUGGAGCCCCAGAUCGAGGGAGAUUAUCAGUGGCCUUUUAUGUCUUCCAUUUCCUAAUAAUUGCUCCCAUAGUUGAUUUCUUUAGACCAAGCGUUUUACCUAGGGUUGUUCCGAUCAUGUUUUUUUUGCUCCCGAUCCGAUCCCGAUCGUUUUAGUUUGAGUAUCUGCCGAUCCCGAUAUUUCCCGAUCCAAUUGCUUUUUUUUGCUCCCGAUAAUUGUUCCCGAUCAUAUACAUUAAGAAAAAAACUCGGACAAAUAUAUACAUUCAACAUACAGUACAUAAGUACUGUAUUUGUUUAUUAUGACAAUAAAUCCUUAAGAUGGCAUUUACAUUAUUAACAUUCUUUCUGUGAGAGGGAUCCACGGAUAGAAAGACUUGUAAUUCUUAAAGGAUAAAUGUGACUUUGUAUAUUGUGACUAAAUAUUGCCAUCUAGUGUAUUUGUUGAGCUUUCAGUAAAUGAUACUGUAGCCAUGCCCAAAUGCAUGAUGGGUGGAUGUAACACGCCUUUAGCAACCAUGACUGUGCGUAGUGCUACCAAUUGAUAUAUCUUCUCUGGGAGGGAGAGGGAUUGCAAGGCUUUAGCCAAUUAAAAAAAGGCUCCCAAAAUUCACUCUACUCAUUUUACGCU